AUGGCCCUGGUAGCGCCACCGGCCCACGAUCGCAAGCGCGUCAAGGUCUACGAGCUCAAGAACAAUGACUGGUUCGACAGGGGCACAGGCUUUUGCAGGGGCGUUGUAGUGAAUCAGGAAGAAGCCAAGAUCGUCGUCUUGUCCGAAGACGACCAGACGCGCCAGUUGCUCGAGACGCGCAUCAGCAAGGACGAUGGCUACCAGAAGCAGCAGGAUACACUCAUAGUGUGGACCGAGCAGAACGGCACCGACAUGGCCCUCAGUUUCCAGGAGCCAGAGGGCUGCGCCAACAUAUGGGAAUUCGUCAACGAAGUGCAGUCGCGGUUGCAGCAGUUGGCUCAAGACGAUGGUCUUUCAGACGAUAUCGACCACAUUGGUCCCAUAAUGCUGCCCAAUCCAGACCUUGGCAACCUCCACGAGAUCGAAAACCACAUGCGCGCAGCAAACUCGACACCGGGUGGUCGCGAAGCCCUGGCCAAAUUCAUCCUGGCGCAAAAGUACAUUCCCAUGCUGAUACCCCUCGUGGACAUGGCAGAGGACCUUGAGAGCGUAUCAGAUCUGCAUCGGCUGUGCAGUAUCAUGAAGAUGCUCAUUCUGCUCAACGACACUUCCAUCAUAGAAUAUGUCGUGCACGAUGAUAUCAUCUUGGGCGUUGUUGGGGCACUGGAGUAUGACCCAGAUUUCCCGCUACACAAGGCCAACCAUAGACAGUACCUCUCCGACGAGUCCAAGUUUAAGGAAGUGGUCAAAAUCGAGGACGAUUCCAUAAAACGGAAAAUCCAUUCGACGUACCGCCUGCAGUAUCUCAAGGAUGUCGUACUUGCGCGCAUCCUCGACGAUCCCACCUUCUCGGUCCUCAAUUCGCUCAUCUUCUUCCACCAAGUCGACAUUGUCCAACAUCUGCAAUCGAACCUUCCUUUCUUGAAAGAGCUGUUCGGCAUCUUCGGCGCGAAGGAGCAAAGCUUGCAGCGUAAGAAGGAUGCUGUCCUGUUCAUCCAACAAUGCUGCGCAAUAGCCAAGAGCCUACAGGCGAACGGCCGAGCUCAACUUUAUCAGAACUUCAUCAGCAACGGCUUGCUGGAAGUGAUACAGUUUGCGCUCAAGCAUCAGGAUGCGUCCGUGCGAGUUGCAGGAACAGACAUACUGGUCUCACUUAUAGACCACGAUGCAUUGAUGGUCCGCAGUUACAUCUUCAAGGCUAUCCAGGAAAAGUCGAAGCCACUGACCGACACGCUCAUCGAGUUGCUCCUCAUCGAGGUUGAUCUGGGCGUUAAAGCGCAGAUGGCUGACGCGAUCAAGAUAUUGCUGGACCCUAACGCAAACUCGGCAUCCAUCGAGGCUCUAGGCCGUACUAACAGCGACUUCCUGGCAAAGAUGAGGGGUCAAUUGCCAUCAAUACCCCAGACUGACUCGUUCGUUCAAAACUUUUACGACGAGUCCGCAAGAAAGCUCUUCCAACCGCUCAAGGAACUUGAAGGCAAAGAAUCGAUGGGUGACCUCUCGAUACAAGAGGUAUCCUUGUACGCUCAUCUGGUGGAGGUUUUGUGCUUCUUCAUCCGGCAACAUUCUUACCGCAGCAAAUACUUCAUCCUUUCAGAAGGUCUUGCAGCUAGAGUCGGCCAGCUGAUGAGUUGUCCGGAGAAGCACCUCAAGUUGACCGCUCUGAAAUAUUUCCGCACAGUCAUCGCCUUACACGACGAGACACAUAAUCGGCAGAUCAUCCAACACCAACUCUUCGAACCAAUCCUUCAAGUCUUGUUCGACACGAUGCCGCGAGACAACCUGUUGAACUCAGCCUGCCUCGAGCUCUUCGAGUUCAUCAAGCGCGAAAACAUCAAAAUCAUUGUUCACCAUUUGGUUGAGACGUAUCGUGAGAAGCUUCAGCUUGUCACGUAUGUUGACACCUUCCAAAACCUCAUCUUGCGUUACGACCAGAUGCAAGAGCCAGUGACCACACAGGAGCUCGACCACUCUUUUACUAGCGUGGAAAGUGACACACCUGCGCGACCAUCAGGAUUGGUCAACGGUGGCAAGUGGGGUCAAGGGUUGAGGGACGUGGACGCAGACGAGGAAGCGUAUUUCAAUACAUCAGACGACGAGGACGAACUGGCAGCUCCUGGGAAGCCAGUGCUGAAUGGAGCGUCGCCAGUACGACCACUAGUAAACUACCCCGACGACGAUGCCGAAGACGAUGUCGACAUGGAUAUCCCCAUGACCCUGCGCAGUGCAACAGCUGCCAUGCAAGCAAAGGACGAGAGCAAGUCACCGAAAACGAUCAGCUCUGCAGGGUCACCUCCGGAACGUAUUUCCGAGAAGCGUCGUAGAGAAGACGAUGAGGAGGAUGAGCUGCUCGCUAACCUAUCGACGACGACCGCACCCAAACGCCGUGCUUCGACAUCAAGCAACACAAGUACACCGAGUCUACGCAGUCUACGCCGAAAAUCACCGCAGAUCAACUCUGGGAAAGAUGGUGGAACGGCCAAGAAGAUAUCAAUUUCACUACCCGUAAAGACCGGAGGCGAGAACAACGAGAACGAAUAA